AUCAUUUCAAAUACUGUUUUGACAACGGACACACAACACUCGACAGUCACAUUUCGACAAAAAGGAACCACAUUUACAAAGUUAGAAUACUUUUUUUCUUGCUUAACUAAACUAUAAUCAGUUCAAAACGGUUUUUGUGUGAAUUUAAUUAUUUUUCUUGUGAAGAGAUUUGCGAAGGAAAAAGUGCGUUUAAUUAAAGAUAUACAGUUGUUUUUCUCAUUGGUGAAAAAAGAACAAACAAGAAUCUAUUUCAGAAUGAAAUCCCUACAAAUUUGCUUGUUGAGUGCAUUGCUCGUGAUUGCUGCCUCAAAUCCAAUUCCAGCUGAUGAACCAGCCAAACCAACAGAAAAAACUGUACCCGAAGGUCCAGUCCUCCCAGAUGCUGUUGCACCGGCCGAAAAAUCUGUACCCGAAACACCAGUCGUUCCAGCUGUUGCUGUCACCGAUGUUCCAUCCACACAAAAAUCGUUGCCCGUUGAAGAUGAAAAAACCGAACCACUAGCAUUGCCAUCACAAAAAGAAGAAGCACCACCAAAGGCCGAAGAAAAGAAACGUGAAGUUGUUGCCGAACAACAGCCAACUGCUCAACCAGCCGAAUCACAAUCCGAACAAGUGACUGGCAAGUCGUUACCAGAGCAACCAGUAAAAGAAACCGUUGCCGAAGCUACCACACCAAAGGCCGAACAACCACAACCAGCCGAAAGUAAUGUGAAAUCGGUCGUUAAAGAACCGGCCGUUGAACAGGCCGCCGUAUCGACUGCAGUUCCGGCUGUUGUUGCCGAUGCUGUUCCAUCUGCCAAACAAGCCGAUGUCAAACAAGCCGUUGAAUCGACCGUUGUACCAGUUGUUCCAUCUGCCAUUGCCAGUGAAAAGAAAAUCGAUGCAGAGGCACCAGUUCCAAUUGUAUCGGAAAAUGUGCAACAACCAGAAUCGACACCAGUUGAAGUUGAACCAAAAUCGACCUUGCCAGUCGCAUCGGGACAAGUACAAGCCGCCGCUCAAGUUCAACAACAACCUCAAGAAGUCGCUCAAGAACGAAGCGCAGCCGAAUCAACAGCGGCGCCUCCAACUCCAGCAGCAGCCGAAUCAGAUCCAGCAUCAUCGAAUGCCGAAGCCGACAACUCAUCAUCAUCGGGAUCGUCAAGUAGUUCUUCGGAAGAAUCAAAAGAAUCUCAAGAAAAACCAGAAAAGAAGAAAGACGCCUAAUGCGCUUGAUCGAUGGACAAUCGUCGUAAUUAAAAAAAAAAAAAAAACAAAAACAAAACACUCAUCCUGUUCUUAAUCUUAUUAUUUUAAAAUGAAAGCGAAAUAAACCAAUUCAAAACGGAAUCAUUGUGAGUUUCUGCACAUUUUCUCGCGUGAUCGAUUUUCGAUCGUAGACGAGCGACUUUCUUCGAAGGUGAAAAUGGCAGCAAAAAAAUUACACAUGGACAGUCUCAAGUACAUAUUAUAAUUCAACUUUAGACACGAAAAACAAACAAAUAGAUUAAUUUUGACUUUGUCGUAGAUUUUUUUUGAAUAAGAUUUCAUUAUAAUUUCUUCUUUUUUAAAACUG